AACCAGGACUACCAGACCAAUGACAAUGACCAGGCCGUGGUGGAGAUCUGCAUCACUCGCAUCACCACUGCCAUCAGGGAGACAGCAUCCAUAGACAAGCAUGGGAAAGCCCUGGUGGCUCUCUGGGAAUCCUGUCUAGAACACAACCUGAAGCCUUCUGGAAAAGAUGAGGACACACCUCAUGCAAAAAUUGCCUCUGAUAUCAUGAGCUGUAUCUUGCAG